AUGCUAGAAACUUCUACGUCUGGAGCAUUAGUGGAGGACGUUCUGGAUUUAACUCAAGAAGCUGGUCAUCAUGACCUUGUUGAGGCAAAUGUUGUAUUUGGAUGUGGCCAAGUUCAGAGUGGAAUAUCAGCUCCUAGCGUGUCAAGGGCAACAGAUACGUUCUCCACGCGCUUUGGACGAGAUGUUGUUCAAUUCUUCUCUGCUUCUAAUAUUCAACAUUAUUCUGCAGUUCAGGAGGGUGAACAACAGCAAUGCAACGUGAGCAUGUCGACGUUGGUCUUCUGCAAGAUUGCUGGCGACGGCUAUAGCUGCCGAAAGGAACUCGAACGCUCGGUCAGAACUUGUUAUGAAAGACAAAGUGUUUUGCAGCUGUAUGUUUUGCGUAGAAAGUGA